AUGCUCAGGACAGACCAGCUCAGCAAUGAGUGGAAGGACAGCCUACAACAUGCACAGCAGGGAGAUUCGGACAUUAAGCCGAUUCUGGAAUGGAUGAAGGCCAGUGCUCCUAAGCCCAAGUGGAGCGACGUCUCAGCAAUGAGUUCGACCACGAAAAGCUAUUGGGCCCAAUGGGACAGCUUGUUGAUUCAGGAUGAAGUCCUGUGCCGUAAAUGGGAAAAUGGUCGGGGAGACAGUUGUCAUUUACAAAUGGUUGUCCCUAAGGCUAAAGUACCGGAUGUUCUACAGCUAUACCAUAGUGGUUGUUCAGGAGGCCACCUGGGAGUUAAACGAACUCUACUGAAGAUCCGAGAACGGUUUUACUGGGUCCACUGUCGUGACGAUGUCGAGGACUGGUGCCGCAAAUGUACAAGUUGUGCGGCUGUAAAGGGACCUCAAAUUCGUAGUAGAGGCGCAUUGAAAUUGUACAAUGUUGGUGCACCAUGGGAGAGGAUAGCCAUUGACGUUGCGGGGCCGUUUCCGGAAAGUGAAAGUGGUAACAAGUAUUUCAUGGUUGUGAUGGAUUACUUCACUAAGUGGCCAGAAGUCUUCGCCAUUCCAAAUCAAGAAGCUUCAACAGUUGCAGAUAAACUAGUUAAUGAAGUCUUCUGUCGUUUUGGAGUACCCUUAGAGAUUCACAGCGAUCAAGGAAGGAAUUUCGAGUCUCAAAUAUUCCAGGAAACUUGCAGAGUUAUGGGUACUCAUAAAACACGAACAACUUCUUACCACCCACAAUCUGAUGGAAUGGUAGAACAAUUUAAUCAGACAUUGGAAAGGUACCUGGCAAAAGUUGUGGAAAAACGGCAACGAGACUCGGACAGGCACAUACAACCGUUUUUGUUGUCAUAUCGAAGCGCUGUUCACGAAAGUACAUCAGUGACGCCAGCUUUCGCAAACUUUGGGAGAGAAUUACGGCUGCCUGCAGACCUGAUCACCGGAAUACCACCUGAUGCGCCACACAGUAUAACCGAUUAUGCAAAUGAAUUGCGGAACAAACUGAAUGACAUUUAUGAGCACGUCAGACAGACGGGCCAUCAAACGUCUGAGAAGAUGAAAACACGGUAUGACCGCAAAAUGAACAACAAGGGUGAAGGUUCACUAGUGUGGUUACACAAUCCAGUUCGCAGCAAAGGGAAAUCUCCUAAGCUUCAAGCUAAAUGGGACGGACCGUACCGGAUUGUGACAAGGAUCAAUGACGUAACCUACCGGAUACAGAAAGGUGCCAGAGGAACUCCUAAGAUUGUCCAUGUGGAUCGACUGGCGCGUUAUUAUGGGGCCAAUAAUGCUCGGGACGAGCAUGUCUUAGGAGGGGGCAGUGUUGCGAGCCACUAUUAA